AUGGACGAGGCUAAUAUCAUAGAUGCAAGGUUCAAGCGAGAGGCUUCAGAAAAGACGAUUUACAAAGUCGACCUAAGUUGCCGGCAAUGGAAAAGGGAAAGCCUAGACAUCAUUGCACCUUAUUUGAAAUCCCAGUCGAAAUCAGUUAGAUUCGUAAAUUUGGCAGAUGUAAUCGCUGGAUUGAUGACCGAUGAAGGUCUAGGAGUCACGCAACUUUUGGCUGAAACCUUCGAGUCUUCUGACCUAUUCGAAAUCGAUCUUUCGGACAACGCUAUGGGUCCGAGAGGACUUGUCCGCUCAGAGGCAUUUUUCGCCAACUCAUCGCUCCAAAACUUGUACCUAUCUAACUGUGGUUUGAGUGCCGAGAGCAUGAACCUCUUGAAUGAUUAUUUCACUAGGGACAAUGAGCGAAUGUACAAAUCUCUUAAGGAGCUAGUUCUUGAUAAAAAUAUGAUUGGUGAGGCAGGAGCCCGAACUGUUGGAGAAUUCCUUCCACGACUUGAAAAUUUGGAAUACUUCUCUUUCAAUGGAUGUCGCCCAAACACGGAAGGCACCAAAUUCUUGUGCGAUGGGCUGAUGGAGCUGACCGUGAAAACAAACUGUGUUUUGCGCCGUAUAGAAAUGGAAGACUGUACUUUUGGUUCAGGAGAGGAAGAUACCGACCCAAUUAUUUCCUUCUGCAGUGCAAUUGCGAAGUGCUCGCGGCUUCAGCGCCUCAACAUCAAUGAAGGGUCGCUAGAAAUAUAUGGGAUCAAACGGCUUGUUUCCGCUUUGAAGGAAGCUAAAGCGCGGCUAACUCAUCUCUCGCUAGGUGGAACUGGGGAAUACCAGGCAGAAGGAGCUGCCGUUCUGGCAGAAUACCUGCACGACCUCUCCUCAUCCUUGAUCCAUCUGAAUUUGGAUUUCAAUGAAUUGGGUGAUGAUGGCGUUGCAGUGCUUGUUGAAGCGUUCGCUGCUUCACGCAAUGUUCUUGAGGUUCUUAGUCUAAAUGGAAAUGAAAUUGAGAGUGUUGGAGCAAAAGCUCUCGUCAGGACAGACUUCCCAAAUCUGAAGCGACUCAGUCUGGAUGAUAACAUGGACAUAGCGAAAGACCACCUAAAGUCAAAGUAUGGGCCAAUUGCAGUAUUUGGGGACAAUGAUGACGAAGAAAGUGAAGCAGAACCCGACAGUGAUAUGGAUACAUUGCUGCUGCAGUUUGCCGCAGCCAAACUUUAG